CUGUGAUAGAGAAAGCUCUUGUUAGCAGGAGAGGGUAGCUCUCUCGUUCAUUUCGCCUCCGGAUUAUUUAAAUCUUUACCUCCUGUUAUGGCCAGAGAUUACACAUUUCUCGAGGGUUGUGUGCGAUCCUAAGAAAGUGAGUAAAUACCUUAAAUAAGCACAAUGCAUCUGUGCCCCACCUUUCUUCUGUUGCUGCUGCGCUGGGUGCGUUUGCACCUGUGGGUCAGAAGAUGGCGCUGCAGCAAUGGCAACAACAGCAGACUACCUACGUGUGCACAGCGUAGAUGGGCCUACCUCAGAGUGAUGGUCCGCUCCCUCUAUUACAACUCCCUUACCAGCUCUGACGUCAUCAUGGACUCACUAAUGGAGCCCAUCUUCUGGGUGGUGGACGUACUGACCCGCUGGUUCGGGCCUGUGUUUGUGUGUCUGGUAGUGGUCCUGACCAGUUCUAUCCUGCUGAUAGCCUACGUGGGUCUGCUGCCUAUGGUUCUCAGCACAUACUCUCCCCCCUGGAUAGCCUGGCACAUUGGUUACGGACACUGGAACCUUGUCAUGAUCAUCUUCCACUAUUAUAAGGCCAUCAGGACCGCCCCGGGAUACCCCCCUAAGGUGAAGAAUGAAGUUCCGUUUGUGUCAGUGUGUAAGAAGUGUAUCAUCCCCAAACCUGCCAGGACACACCACUGUGGCAUCUGCAAUGCGUGCGUUCUUAAAAUGGACCAUCAUUGUCCGUGGCUCAAUAACUGUGUCGGCCAUUUUAAUCACCGCUACUUCUUCUGCUUCUGCCUGUUCUUGACCCUUGGUUGUGCCUACUGCAGCAUCAGUGGCCGGAACCUCUUCCUAGAUGCUUAUAGUGCUAUAGAGCGCUUCAAACAUACAGACUUGGAAAAAUCGGGCAUUCCAGUGACGGGGAUGGGGCUCCUCAUAGGCAUCUUAACUCCAGGGCAGAGCACCUACCAGACCCCUCCUCCCACCUACACAUUCAGAGACAAAAUGUUCCACAAGAGUAUCAUCUACAUGUGGGUGUUGACCAGUACAGUGGCCGUAGCGCUGGGGGGACUGACUAUCUGGCACGCAGUGUUGAUAUCCCGAGGAGAAACUAGCAUAGAGAGACACAUCAACAACAAGGAGACUGAACGGAAUGCCACGCGUGGCAAGGUGUACAAAAACCCAUUUAACUAUGGCAGACUAAAUAACUGGAAAGUCUUCCUGGGUGUGGAGAAGAGAAGUCAUUGGUUGACACGAGUCCUCCUGCCCUCUGGACAUGCCCCCUAUGGGAACGGCCUGACCUGGGACAUCUAUCCAAUCAGAAAAGACAUGAUGCCUGUCUGAGCCAGUCAGAACAGAAUAGACUUGAAACAUCUAUUGAAUAAGGAAACACUUAAUGACUGUCUGACCCUUGAUUGCACACAUUUUGUCCACAGAGAAAACUACAUCUCUACAGCAUUACCUGCUCCCUACCAGUGCUAAAUUCUCCUCACCAGGGUUCACUCAUGAGCAGUGGAAGUCUGAGUUGGAGGGGAAAUGCAUUUAGGGCUACAGGGGAUGGCCAACAGGCAGGAGAUUGGGAAUGAUUACUUCUUCCAGGGGAAAGAAAUCUACGCACCAUUUUACCUCUGAGCCUAGUACAGCUGUUCUUAGCUUAGGUAAUAAAGGUGUACAUGUAAUCAGGGGUUAGAUUGGGAUUUGGGAAGUGGGCGGGUCCUACUUUCCAGUUCUAAAAUGUUAAACUGCUGGCCAGUGGAAGUACGGGAGCUUCGCUUGCCCAGGUCUCAUUUCUGCCAUAUGUUUAGCAGCACAGCUCCUGCUGGCUCCUGUCCAGUUUAACCCCUGCUUAAAAUGGAUUCAGACCAGACUACAGAUAAUAGUGUAAAGGUAUGGUUAAUUGUUCAAUUAGGACAAAAGCAACUUACACAGACAGGCAUCCCAGUUUGCACUCCUUUUCAUGGAUUUACCAAUGGUAGAAAAUCACUCCAUCCUCUGCAUUUGUUUUUAGGACUGCAUACUUCUGUAUUUUAUAUAUAUUUUUUAUUACAGAGCCAGUUUGAAAAGAAUGGGAAAAUGUGAUACGGGGUGCAAAGAGUACACUAGGUGCUUGGAUCCUUGACCAAUGGCAACACAGAUGGGAAAAGCAUGAAUGUGCUAACGGCAAUUGCCUUAACUGCAAGAACACCUGAAGUAACCACUCAUUCCAUAAAUCCGUUCCACAAAGAGAUUGCCUUAGUUUUUGUCAUAAUUACUUUUAACUUGGUGUUUAAAUAGUUUUCGUUAGAAACACAUGUUCAACUUCAUUACAAACACCAAAAGAGGUUGAAUUGAAAAAUCUGAUUUUUGAUAGUCAUAGAGUUGAUCAUGUCUGUUGUCACAGUGGGAUAAAAAAGGGUUUGGUGAUUGAUAAAUUUCAAAUAAUCAAAAAAUAUAAUUUACACAAGUAAAUUAAAGAUUGUAUUGGGCAUUUUAUUUCAUUGAUGAAAAUAUAAAGUGGGAAGUACUUAAUGUGUUCCAAAAUUGCAAUGGGCUGGAAACUACGCUGCAGUGGAAUAUGUGUAUUGGAGGCAGCAGGGCCAGACAUUCUUGGACACAACACAUGCUUUACUUUUAAUUGUGUAUCAAUGGGAAAAUACAAAUGAAUCAGUUAAUUUACUGGAGGGCCAAUGUGUGAAACAUAUGGGUCUCUUUCUGUGGAAAUACACAAGUACACUUCAGGGGAAUUGGACCUCAAACCUAUUACAGUUUAUCCAGAAAUAUUUGGACACGGACACAAUGUUUAUAAUUUUGGCUCUAUGCCACCACAAUUGAUUUGAAAUUAAACAACCAAGAUGCAAUUGAAGUGCAGACUUUCAGCUUUAAUGCAAGGAGUUGAACAAA